UUGCCCUCAGCACCAGAUAAGUGAUCAGCUACUGAUUGUAUACUUCUAUGAGGGAUUGCUUCCCAUGGACAGAAGUAUGGUUGAUGCAGCUAGUGGAGGGGCUCUAGUUAACAAGACAUCUACUCAGGCCAGAGAACUUAUCGAGGUUAUGACUUCAAAUUAUCAGCAGUAUGAGACUAGACCAGUGAUUGCUAAAGAUGUUCAUUCCUUUGCCAGUGUACUCCCUACUAGAAUCCAGUAUUGCCAGCUUGAUCCUCAGUUUUAUCAGACUCAUCAGCAGGGCAGGUAUAAUUUAAUUGAAGGAUUCAGGUAUGAGAACACACAACAAAGGAAUUCUGAUUGGUCCCAACAUUACCAGCCUUGCUUUCAACACCAUCAGCCUGAGCAGGAUUUUUGGGAGCAGUCACAACAAUUUUUGCAACAUCAAGAAACACAGUUCAAGCCAAGAACACAUUCAUCGACACAGUUACAGUUGUAUUCAGAUCAACCUACCGCAUCAAUUCCUGAGGAGAUGGAUUGUAGAGUUUGUGAUAUUCCUGACUUUUAUUCUGCUUCUCUGCAUGAUUCUUCUAAUUUUUUAUAUUGUGAUGUUGUCGUUGAUCCUGAUAAUGUUGUUGUCGAUGAUAUUGUUGUUCCAAAUAUUCUUGAUGGUGCAGGUAUAGGAGAUGAUGAUGGAAGUGUAGGGGAAACUCAAGAAUCACUUCCUUCGAUUAUUCUACCACCGGUUGAGCCUUUUAUUCUACUUAAUGAUGAUGGAAGUGUAGGGGAAACUCAAGAAUCACUUCCGUUAAUUGAACUUGAUCCAGAGCUAGUACCUUUACCUGAUCGAGAUGAUGCCGCAUUCACUAUUCUAGAGCAUCCAGGUAUCUUUCAGGAUGUAAAUCAUUCAAGGAUGCAUACUACCACUUGAAGAAAGCCCUAACCUUUUAUGUAAUAAUGAAGCUUCUGGAGUGGACACUCCAACUGAACCGUCUUCGUCCACCGGAGAAAAUUUUUAAGGAGUCAAAGGUGGAGGGGGCGAUCCUCACUUCACCUACAACCAUUCCACUUCCAGAUUGGCUUCUGGAACUGAAUCGACUCCGACCACCAGAAAUUCAAGGGAGUUGGUUCCAUCUCACUUUAUUUUGUCUUUCUGCUUGUAUAUAUGUCUUUACUUUCUUUGCUUUGUUUGCAUUAUUUGCUUUUGCUUAGUAGUUCAUUUUUAGUUUGCUUUGUCGGUUUUCAUAAUAAAUUUUCUAUGCAUUCUUUUUAUCAUCUUAGAAAUUGUGAAAGCUAGUUAAAUUUGAUUGUCGAAUUUGAUGAUUUAUUGUUAUGAUUGGAUUCUUGAAUUGCAUGUAAUUACAACUUGAUAAUGAAUUUCAUGUUGGUAGAUUGAGAUGAUAAUUUUUGAUAUACCUAGUGAGGAUAUUUUUGAGCCUAUUAUUCCUAUUGAUGUGUGAUGCACUUGUGGUUAAUGCUACUCUAGAACUUGCUUAAUUCUUU